AUGGUUGAGGGAUGUGGAGGAGGACUUGCAUAUCAUGGGAGUGCGCUCGUGGAGGAGAAAGGCAGGAGACAGAGAAGCAUGGAGGCAAAUCGUGAGGGAGGCCAAGGUCCACACCGGACUGUAGAGCCAGCGAAAGUACGGAUAGUAGCAUCAACCAAAGGAGCAAGUGGCCAUUACAACAGUUUAGGAGACAUCACUCGACCAGCGUGUAAGUGGCUUGAAUGGAUCAAGACUUUUGUCAAUGACCUGGCAGAGUAUACAGGCUACAACCCAGAAAAUGCUUGUCUAGCAGCGAUUCCGGGAUUGUAUGAGGUGGUUAACUUCCAUGUAAAAGCGCAAUCUCAUUUCAGAAUAGCCCGGAUACCAAUAGCUCCAUAUGGUAUUUAUAAAUUUGAGUUUCGUAUGUCAGAGAAAAAUAAUCCAAACUGUUAUUGUAUGCGAGUCUUCAUGGAGGUAUUUCCUGAUGCCAAAACUAUUCUUAGGAAGCAGAGAAUGAAUCGCACGAAAUUUCAGAUACACUGAUCUUGAACCUGAAUGUACCUGCGCUGCGCCACAAACGCGCGUUCCGCGAACAAGGAGUCGUUAAGUAUGAUGAUCGAGAUCAGAGCAAAAGCUUGUCACGUGUUCGUUGCGCGCGAACGGAAUC